GAGGCCCACCAACGAAGGCCAGCCAGAUUGAUGGAAUGAAGAACGGAAACCAAACCAGAAACCACCACCGGGCUGGUCGGAUCCGUGCCGCCGCCGUCCUCCUCCGCCGCCGCCGCCUCCUUUUCGAUUCGCCGCUUCAAAUCACCGCAGAGCAGAGGUCGGGCGGGAUGGCUUCCGAUGCCCAGGCGCAGCAGCCCAAGCCCACCAGGGUCUCGCUGUCCUACGAGGAGAUCUCCAAGCUCUUCUCCCUCCCCAUCGCCGAGGCGGCCUCCAUCCUCGGAGUCGGCACCAGUGUCUUGAAGAGGAUAUGCCGCACCCACGGGAUUGUUAGGUGGCCAUAUCGAAAGCUUGUUUCUGCGAAAACUGGUGACGACACAAAAGGUCCUGAAAGAGAGAAAGCCAAGGAACUUCCUGAGUUGUCAAAAAUUGCAAAACAAAAGGCUUCCAACUCAUCUGCUUCACCAAUUGUGUCAUCAACCACUUCCCAAGGAGCGGCGAAAUCUCAACAGGGCAGUUCUAAGGCAGGGCAAGUUUCGGUUUCACCCCCAGCAGGUAACCAGAAUAUGUCACCAAGCUUGGCCCAUGGUAGCCAAGCCAAAGCCAUUCCUAGCUACAUGGAUGAUUUUAAGUACGGAUUCCCAUCAUCUGGCUUGUCCUGUGGAACUAUGAAAUGGUGGGGUGGGAGCAGCGACGCGGACUGUGCGCCCACCAAAGAUGGAAGCCGUGAAGCCCAUGGUGAGGCCUCAAAGGGCAUGACUGAGGAUGAUGAGUUGGACUGGGGAGCAGAUGAGGCAGAAACCGAAGCUGAUGGCGCUGUUACGGCUGAAGCGUCAGCACAGCUGUGCUCCCUGAGAAGGAAAGCAGUAGACGACGGGCGCAAGCUAUUGAAUGGUGACACCCGCAGGGGCCAAGAAUUUUCUAGGCUGAACAAGAGGCAGAAGCUGGCCCUGGCCCAGGUAUUUGGGGCUUCACUGCCAGAUGUUGUAUUGCUUGUGUUUAGCGAGUGAGCAACCGAUAGAUGCGGUUGCCCUCCCUCUUCUGAUCCUCAUGUAACCGAAACUUGCCCUGCCUUAGCGAGAAGUGUGAAAUCCUCUCAUUGAAUUGAAGAAUGGUGGUAGGAGCUUGUUUUGCCUGCCUACCAUACAAGUCGUUGUCGUUGCUUUCCUGUAUGUAUUAUCUUGUCUCCCACGUGCACACAAGGAGAGCACCUUGUAUAUGUGAAUGCACUAGUAUAUUUACUAACAUGAUUA